AAAAGUUUUAAAAAAAAGUCAGAAAAUGAAAUCAUAUGACGGAAGCUGAAACCACCAACCCCUUCCAUUGUUAUGUAGUUUGUUCAGCUUUUCCUUCUUCACCUAAUAUCCAUCCUUACUUCGUUUCCUCCACCAAAUCUUCUCUCUAUCUCCGGUUUCUGAUUCUCUGCUCGUGCUUUCUUCUUGCCCAGCUUUUUCGAAGAUGGGAUCUGGUCAAUGGCACGUUGAGAAAAGGUCUACUUUCAGGAAUGAUUCGAUUGUGAAGGAGUACGGUACAGUUUUGGAAACUGGUUGUCUUUCAAUCAUAGUGCUUGGUGCAUCAGGUGAUCUUGCCAAGAAGAAGACUUUUCCUGCGCUUUUCAACCUAUACCGUCAGGGGUUUCUUAAUCCAGAUGAAGUUCAUAUAUUUGGCUAUGCGAGGACCAAGAUUUCUGAUGAAGAGCUGAGAAAUCGGAUCCGUGGAUAUCUUGUUGAUGAGAAGAAUGCCGAGCAAGCAGAAGCUUUGGCAAAGUUUCUACAGCUGAUUAAGUAUGUGAGUGGCCCUUAUGACUCUGAGGAGGGGUUUGAGAAAUUAGACAGGGCAAUCUCAGAGCAUGAGAUCUCCAAAAACAGUACUGAAGGAUCCUCUAGGAGACUGUUUUACCUUGCACUCCCACCCUCUGUUUAUCCUUCUGUAUGCAAGAUGAUCAAGACAUGCUGCAUGAACAAAUCUGAUCUUGGUGGAUGGACACGGAUUGUUGUUGAGAAGCCAUUUGGUAAGGAUCUGGAGUCUGCAGAGCAACUGAGUUCCCAGAUUGGAGAGUUGUUUGAGGAAUCACAGAUUUAUCGUAUUGAUCAUUAUCUUGGGAAGGAAUUGGUCCAAAACAUGUUGGUCCUUCGAUUUGCCAAUCGCUUUUUUCUGCCUCUAUGGAACCGUGACAAUAUCGAGAACGUGCAGAUUGUUUUCAGGGAAGAUUUCGGAACUGAAGGGCGCGGUGGAUAUUUUGAUGAAUACGGAAUCAUCCGUGAUAUUAUUCAAAACCAUCUGCUUCAGGUUCUUUGUCUUGUUGCCAUGGAGAAACCAAUAUCUCUUAAACCCGAGCACAUCCGAGAUGAGAAAGUGAAGGUGCUUCAAUCAGUGGUUCCAAUAAAAGAUGAAGAGGUUGUUCUUGGACAAUAUGAAGGGUAUAGGGAUGAUCCUACUGUUCCAAACGAAUCAAAUACUCCCACAUUUGCCACAACAAUUCUUCGUAUACACAAUGAAAGAUGGGAAGGUGUCCCGUUUAUACUAAAGGCCGGAAAAGCGUUGAACUCAAGAAAGGCAGAAAUUCGAAUUCAGUUCAAGGAUGUUCCAGGCGACAUAUUCAAAUGUCAGAAGCAAGGGAGGAACGAGUUUGUGAUACGCUUGCAACCUUCAGAGGCAAUGUACAUGAAACUAACUGUUAAGCAACCGGGUCUAGAGAUGCAUACCGUGCAAAGUGAACUAGACUUGUCAUACGGACAACGUUAUCAAGGUGUCUCGAUCCCAGAGGCAUACGAGCGCCUAAUUCUCGACACGUUGCGUGGGAGAUCUUCACGCCGUUGCUUCACAGGAUUGACAAAGGAGAAGUGAAGUCAAUACCAUACAAACCAGGAAGCCGAGGACCGAAAGAAGCGGAUCAGCUACUAGAGAAAGCUGGUUACCUUCAAACUCAUGGCUAUAUUUGGAUCCCUCCUACGUUAUAAACAGAUAUAUAUAUAUACACAAUACAUGCAUCCACGUGUAUAUGUAUGUGUAUAGACGUUAAGUUACACACACCCUUCAGUGAUCUUUUUCCACGAGUUUGUAUGCGAACCUAAGUAUUUGUGCUAUUCACUUUUGAGUCUUUGAGACUUUGUCUUAUCUUUGCACUUGUGAUCUCAUUUGUUCCAGUAAUUGCAAAGCAGCUUUGUAGAAAUAAAAUUAAAAAAAAAAUACAUAAUUUAGAAAAAAUUAUUGGGGAUG